UCUUCCUCCUCUUCCUCCACCUCCUCCUCCUCCUCCUCCUCCUCCUCCUGCGGGCUGCUCCGAUCGACGGUGAAAACCAACACCAAGAGGAUGCGGAUGUUGACCAAGACAACAUAGUCUAUUAAUAUUUCAGACCUACUGCAAAGCGAUAUUAGAAUUAAAGCCAAGUUGCGGUGAGGACGCUCCACCUCCUGUUCUCCAACUCAGCGCAGGUCAGAUGAAGCUGUGAGGGGAAGAUGUUGAGCUCGGAGAUGAUGGAGAUGAUGGAGAUGGAGACGGAGGCUUUGCACAGCUCCUGGUCUCUUUAGGAGCUUCUACACUCCAUCCUGCCCCACCUCCCUCCCCACUUCCUCACACCACUUCCUCUUCCUGUCUGUCCCACCCCCCCAGGAAAGAUGACUGUGGUGUCCACAGACAACAUGGAUGAGACCUCCACCCUCCCGGGUCAUCCACAGGACCCGUACCCGCCCGAUGACGACCACGAUGACCACGACUGCUGCGAGCGGGUUGUCAUCAACAUCUCGGGACUGCGCUUCGAGACGCAGCUCAAAACCCUCGCCCAGUUCCCGGAAACCCUCCUCGGGAACCCUAAGAAGAGGAUGCGCUACUUCGACCCCUUAAGAAACGAGUAUUUCUUUGACCGGAACCGACCAAGCUUUGACGCCAUCUUGUAUUAUUACCAAUCCGGGGGAAGGCUGAGAAGACCGGUCAACGUGCCUCUGGAUAUGUUCUCGGAGGAGAUUAAAUUCUACGAACUCGGCGCAGAGGCUAUGGAGAAAUUUCGGGAGGACGAGGGGUUUAUUCGAGAAGAGGAGCGACCCCUGCCGGAGAAGGAGUUCCAGCGGCAGAUCUGGCUCCUCUUCGAGCAUCCGGAGAGUUCUGGACCGGCCCGGGGGAUCGCCAUCGUCUCUGUGAUGGUUAUCCUUAUUUCAAUAGUCAUCUUUUGUUUGGAGACACUACCGGAGUUGAAGGAGGACGCCAGCGGCCGGAUGCAGGUGGUAGGAAACACGACCGUAUUUUAUAAACCCAACGUGCUCACGGACCCUUUCUUUGUGGUGGAGACGCUGUGCAUCAUCUGGUUUUCCUUUGAGUUGAUAGUUCGGUUUUUCGCUUGCCCCAGCAAAGCGGCGUUCUUUAAAAACAUGAUGAACUCUAUUGACAUUGUGGCUAUAAUCCCGUACUUCAUCACACUUGGCACAGAGCUGGCUGACGACCAAGAGAACAAGGAGGGUAAAGGAGGAGGGGAGCAGGCCACAUCUCUGGCUAUUCUCAGGGUGAUCCGUCUGGUGAGGGUGUUCAGGAUCUUUAAAUUGUCCCGACACUCGAAGGGGCUCCAGAUUCUGGGGCAAACUCUGAAGGCGAGCAUGCGGGAGCUGGGCUUGCUCAUUUUCUUCCUCUUUAUUGGCGUGAUUUUGUUCUCCAGCGCCGUGUACUUUGCAGAGGCCGAGGAGAAGGAGUCGUUCUUCACCAGUAUCCCGGAUGCUUUCUGGUGGGCGGUGGUGUCUAUGACGACCGUCGGCUAUGGGGACAUGUACCCCGUGACCAUCGGCGGGAAGAUCGUGGGCUCGCUGUGCGCCAUCGCCGGUGUGCUCACCAUCGCACUGCCGGUACCGGUCAUCGUGUCCAACUUCAACUACUUCUACCACCGGGAGACGGAGGGCGAGGAACAGGCCCAGCUGCUCAACGUUAGCAACCAGAACCUGGCGUCGGACACCAACUCGAGUCGCCGCAGCUCCUCGGGGGUCAGCAAGUCAGAGUAUAUGGAGAUAGACGAGGACAUGAACAACAGCAUCGAUAACUUUAGGGAAGCGAACCUUAGAACUGCCAACUGCACGGCUCCGAGCCAGAACUGUGUGAACAAGGGGAAACUUCUCACCGACGUGUGAGGCAGCGUCUGACGCACCAGUGUAAAUAUUGUAGAAAUAUCUGGAUGCUUUAUCUCCAUUGGUGCAUUUUAUUCUCUUCUUUUGCAUAGAUACAUUCAAACAUGUGUGAAGACUCAUAGUUUAAAGGCUCACAUGGUAAAUUUGUACAAGUGAUUUCAUCCAAAAAAAUAAACUAACAAGGGAUUAGUUUGGCAAUAGGACAAAGAUCGGCAGGUGUCAGGGAAGAUUUUUGAUAAAUGAUUCUAUUUAUUUGAAAUCCUUAAUUCUGCCCGUAGAAUUAAAGCUGAACAACAUAUGUUGCACAGAAAGGAGCGGCUGGUUAGUUUCCAUGAUCUCCAGAGUUCUGCAGCGUUGUCUUCGUCAGUCUUAAGAAAAUAACCCUGAUGACGUCAUGUGACCUUGACCAGGGACAGGGUAUUUUUGGCCACGUUGCACGUGGACUUACUUUAGUUUGAGUGUUUGAAUACAACCUGGUGUUAGCGUCAAAGUCUCAGUUUCCUUUUCUCCGCAGCUAUUUGUGGAAACAGCUAGAUGCACAAAAAGGAGCAGAAUAAAUCAUUUAAGAAACAAGCUCGAGUAAACUUGAAGGAACCAAUUCAGACAAGAUAAUGCAAGUGUAUCUGUGCACAGCCUCUUAACAAGAAGACGAUUAUUUCAAAGUGCUUUAUAUGAGACAAAAAAGACUUAAAGACCAGAGACAACCGAGACAAAGUGACAGAAAAAAACACAAACAGGGUUUAAAAACAGACGACUACAAGAUAAAAGUAAGUUAAUGUGAUUCAGAAAUGAGAAAAAGUAAAUGUUUGACCAAAGUGAGGAAGAGAAUCAGAAUCUUCAGAGUACGAUGAAUUGAGUUUAUCAGAAAAUCUCCUCCACACCUUCCUGGCUUUGUACCACGGACUCAACCUUUAAGAUCAAAAGACAAGUCAACAAAACAAAGCCCAGCUGAGAUUUGAGGAACGUGUCGGAGGACGGCUCCCCGAGGAAUCACAUUUCACUGGAUUACAGCUGACUCAUCCAGGGAAGGGUUUCUGGGGGAAAACUUGACUCCAGAUGUUGAGUGAAGUUUUUCAGGCACCUUAUCAGACACAAAAGAAGACGUGUGCCGAGCUCGUGGAGGAUUAUGUGCACUGCUGCUACAGGUCGGCUGGAGGUUCCCUGUAUGAUGCCAUGCAACACUCCUUUAUAUAAAAGCAUGUGGAGACUCUCUUCUCUCUUAUAUCAGCAUGCACAAGAUGUUACCUCAUUUUUAUUUUUACAGUCCUUUCUCUCUUCUUUGACCUUCAUCUUCUCCUUUUUUGGAUUUUUUCUCUCAUUUGUUUUCACCAAAAGUGCACUGCUAUUUAUUAUUGUUUAAUUUAUUUCGAGGCAUUUACGUGUUGAAUGUUAAAAAUCAUUAUGGGAACAGGAACACUUCUUUUUCGAAGAUCACGGCAUGUCAAAAUACUAAAGCAUUAUGGCCUAAUUAGCUAUGGUAUAGCUACGUAUACUCAAUGCAUGAUGUCAGUAUUUAAUUGCUUGCAGUUGUGGAGGGACCUCGGGAGCUGGUGGACGAUCCUCCUCCUCACUAUUGUCAAGCUAACAACAGGAUAUGGUGCAUGACGGAGCUAAAGGCCGGACGGGACAAACAAAAAGAGAAAAAACAAGAAAAAAAAAUCACAAGAGACAAAUCUCUUUUAAAAAAAGGACAUUUCAGAAGUUACCUCCUCCUCUUUGGUUUAUUUAAAGCUCUGAUCUUUGACGAUGAAGUGCAUGGGAUCAUUUUAUGUGACUUGUGGCCCCGUUUUUCUUUUUUUUUACAACAUUUGAUCUUUUAUUUAAAAUGUUUCAAGAAGGAAAAGCAGUAGAAUUUAACACAUUUCAUAGAUAUUAUCUAAAAUUAGUUUCUAGUGCCUUCAACCCGUCUCAUUAUUGAAUUGACUAAAGUGCCUCCCGUUACAACAGAAGACAAAGAGCUUACAAUGUGCAGCUUAACUUCUCCUGCCAUAAAGAUGCACUACUCCCUGCACAUCUGGAAACAAGAGGGUUCGAUGUAGACAAUGAAAAUAUUCCUUAUUCCCGGGCCAGAUGUAUCUGACUCCUGGUUGAUGACACACGGUUCAGUCCACGUCUAACGGAACAGAUCAUUUCAGAUCAGGAGGUUUGAAAAGAAAAGUUUCCUCACAUCUGCUUUGAGAUUCUUAGAUUCCCGUUUCUCUCGUUCAGUAUUAUCAUCGUGACCAUCACACUUCACACAACCUUCAUCAUUUCAGCUGCUGCUUCUGUCAAACUGGUCGAGUCAGCUGCUGGAUUAGCUGUUGUAGCUGACGACAUAUUGACACGUGUCAGUUUUUCUCUGUUCGGUUCGGUCGCUAGCUGCGCAGGGAUUUAUUUCAUUAUUGAUUUAACAGAAGUUAAACACAUAAAAGUCUUGACAAGGUUUUAGCUGUUUGAUUGAAAUCCUCAUCUGUUUAAUCUGGUUUGGAUCGACGCGGUUCAGAAGCUCGUUCAGGAUCCUGACUGCUGUGUUUACUUCUCAUGGACACAGACACGGCUUGAAACUAGGAAUGGAAGUUUUAUUUGGAAAGUUUUGGAGAUUGUGCAGAUGAUGCUGGGGACUAUUUUCAGUGGUGGAUGGAUUUGGAGCAGCAGCGAGUGACGAAGGAACGUGAUGUUCACAGAAUCUGUGAAAAGGACAGAAGACGUUUCAGUUUGUUUCACUCUGACGAGAAGAAAAUGUUUUGAAAUGUCUCCAGAUUUAUAUUUUAACGUUCAAUAUUGCCAGUUGCAAAAACUAUCUUGAGGACGUGUCCUCAGUGUCCUAGGUGUCCUAGGUGUCCUCAGCACAACUAAAUUUCAGACGGACUCGGAUCUGCAGCGUAAUCAGCAGCAGCUUCUCCUCCUCACGCUGCCGGAGGCGACUGUGAGCUGAGCUGAACAGCGCCCCCUGGCUGCUCUCAUCACUGCCGCUCUCUGAUUACUGGGACCAAUAGCCUCUGCUGAACAUUAGAUCUCCUCUUUUUAGAAUCACCUGGACACACGUUGAUGUGUGUUUGUUCUGUGGUGUGUCCACGUCACUGCUGCUUCGUCUCAGAAAGAGCUGCAGUGUUUCUGACUCACGUCGUCCUGCAGCUCAGCGAUGGGAGGUUUAAGAAAUUAUAUAACAAUCGAUGGUUUGAAGAGUGAGGGUGCUGCUGUGAGCAGAGUUGUGACGGACGUGAGAGUCUCCUCUGCAGAGCUGCUGAACAUCACCACAGACAUUAGUCACUCUACACGCCUGCAAAAUGGCGCUGCUGCUGCUGCUGUGUUGUUCUGAGAGCGGAGCACAUGUCUGUGUGAGGGAACUGCUGAGUUUCCUGUGGACGACGAGACGCUAACAACACGACGGAGUCGAUGACCCUGAAGCUUCUGAAACCAUCAGUGCUCACUGAUGUGAACUGAAGGAAUCCAGAUCAAAUGUGCUUAACGUCUCACAUUUCCACUUUGUGCAAAUCACUGAGAGUGAAGCUGAAGUGUUCGUCCUUCAUCUUCCACAUUCUGAUUCACCUCUGACUUCUCCAAACUCAAUGAGGGUUUUGUUGACAGCUGAGGACGACGUCUUUAUUUGUUUUUCUCUCCGUGUUUCUCAACGUUAACCACGUUCUGAUUCAUGUAACCAUGGAAUCAAACAUCCGGUAAAUCCGGAGAUUCUACUUGAACCCAAACGACGAUCUCACCCUGAACAAACAGUUCGAUCUGAAGAAACGUGACCAAACAACGAUGUUUGAGUUUAAUGAGUCUCAGGACAAACGACCCACGUUGUUCAGGUCGGACGACUUGUUCAAAUUAAGACUAAAACACAUUUUGAGUUUAAAUGAGGAGUUUGAAUGAAUCAGCUUGAGUUGUGGGAUUUAAAUAAGAAUCUGCAGUUUGUCUCAUUCAGAGUAGAAGCAGCUGCUGCAGCUCAGAUAAACUGAAUUCAUCAGACUUUCAGGUUUUAUACUUGGAACGUUUCCUCGCAGCUUCGGAGCCGAACCUCAUCUGAGAGGAUCCGUGCGUCUCCUCUUAAACUGACCUGAGAGCAGCUCGAUCAGCUGCUUCCACUCACACUGAUGAGACCCGGUGUGACGACGUCAUCGGCAGCUCCUGUGGAAUCUGUGACACCUCCAUCGUUCACAUUAGAACAUUCAGUGACGUCACGUCUGAACGACUUCAACGCACACGCGUCGUCUGAAGACUGGUUGCUAUGGUUACCUGCAGUUUGAUUCCCAUUAUGUGUCAAAGUCUGUGAUGACGAAUCGAUUUGAACCAUAAAUUAGAUUAAAGAUAAAGAUUCGACUUUAAACCCUGAAUAUUAAGUGAACAUACAAAAAUCACUUUGUUGCUGAAAUGUAAUGAAUCAGUGAUAAAAAGUUUUAAAGGCUCGAUCGUAAUUUGUGUUGUUCAUUUUCUUGACUGCACAAAUUAUGAACUAGUUUGGGAAAAUGACUUUUUUCUCAAGAUCGUGAUUUGAGUGUUUGCAGCUUUGUGAAACACCAGUGAGCGUCCACAUUCAGCUCAGCUGGGACGUUUCCACCGGUUGUGUUUUCAGUGCGUGUGAGAAUCAGCUGUGUGUCAUCAACCUGUUGAUCUCAGGCCCGUUUUACAAACUGCUGUUGAACGUGUGAUGAAAAAAAUCCCUUUAAUCAAAGUCUGAUGAAAAAAAGAAGCAAACACAGGUGCUACGUGUUAAACAUGUUCCACAGGAGAGAACAAUUAGAAACUUCACAUGGAAAUUAAAUUCAAUCUCUAUAUUUUCUUGACAACUCUUUUAAAAUUAGUGAUUCAGUUCAACAUCAGGGUAGUCGGUCGUCUUGUGGUUUUAAUUUCUGUUUGUUCACAUUCGUGGUGUUUUUGCCGUCGAACACUGAAGGGACCAAAUAAUGUUUUCAUCAGAGCAGCUCAACGGACGAAGAUUCACACAACAAGAAGCGUUUUGUCGAUCGAGGUCGUUUCUUUUUCAGAAAAUCAUUUAGUUUGAUGUGCAGCAAAGAGGGAAAUCACUGGCCCUUUCAAAUUAAAGUCCGGGAAUGUGUAUUUACACAGAUUCUUAUCAUUUUACAAGCUUUUAACUGCCAAGUGUAAACUGCUGAAUAAACCGAUCAUGUGAUUUUAAUCCGCUGCAUAUCAACCAGUUCUCCUACAUGUGUUCUGUUCACAGGAAAUUUGGAAAAUCAUUCUGAUCGAUGUAGAGUUGAAGUUCCUUAAAGCUGCAUUAGUAGAUUUCAGUCUCUUUGAAAAUGUGAGCGAACGUGUCACUGGAAGAACCAGGUGAUCGCUUAAACUGAUCAGUUGUUAACGAAGGAAAGGAAAAAAUAUUAUGCAGCUUUAACUUUCAACAGCUUUUUCUUUCAGAAACAAAGAAACUCUGCUUCGUGUUUUUAAACUGUCACACCUCUGAUGAUGAUGAUGAUGAUGAUGAUGAUGAUGAUGAUGCACAGACGAAUUUCAGGUAUGAAAAUAGUCUCGAGGUGCAAAGAGAACGUCUCAUCGUGUUUUCUGUCAACGUUGGAGACAAAGUGCACGAGUGACACGAUGGUAUCAUUCAAACACAUGAAUGCUGCUCAGAUAGUUUUGCUCACGCAGACGUUAGCGUCAGUAUUAUCGUUGCUUCACUGUUUCUCUCAGAACAACGUUUUUUUAGCCGGUCUAUUUUUAGCCGGAGGUUUAUUUUGGGACUCGUUCGGUUCAGUUAAGUUCGUCUGUUCCCUCUCGUCCCGACUCACAGUGAGAAGCCAAAGUCUCGUCCUGACCACGACGAUGAAACAAGAAAAGAGAAUAAAUGAAUAUGUAGAAAAUGAAAUGUGCUCAUCACUGAGUCGCUCACUUCGCAGUACGUCCACUCUCUUUCUCUGAAUUUGUUUUUGCUGCAGUACGCAGUGUCUGUCAUCUGUUGGUGAGGCAUCAUCGUCUGUAACCUAUGCAAGGUUAGUCGACAAGUUAUGUCCAUUCUG